AUGCCCAGCAUCGUCGCCUACCAGAGCUCCGAGGUGGACUGGUGCGAGACUAACUUCCAGUACUCGCAGCUGGUGGCCGAGUUCUACAACACGUUCAGCAAUGUCACCUUCUUACUCUUUGGGCCUCUCAUGAUGUUCUUGAUGCAUCCCUAUGCCCAGAAGCGCUCCCGCUACAUCUACGGUGUCUGCAUCCUCUUUAUGGUCAUAGGCCUGUUCUCCAUGUAUUUCCACAUGACGCUCAGCUUCCUGGGCCAGUUGCUGGAUGAGCUCUCCAUCCUGUGGCUCCUGGCCAGUAGCUACAGCAUAUGGAUGCCCCGCUGCUACUUCCCUGCCUUCCUAGGGGGGAAAAGGGCCCUGUUCAUCCGCCUGGUUAUCAUCACCACUGUGCUCAGCACCUUUCUGUCCUUCCUGCGGCCCACGGUCAACGCGUACGCCCUCAACAGCAUCGCCCUGCACAUCCUCUACAUCGUGUGCCAGGAGUAUAGGAAGACCAGCAAUAAGGAGCUUCGGCAUCUGAUUGAGGUCUCCGUGGUUUUAUGGGCUUUUGCUCUGACCAGCUGGAUCAGCGACCGUUUCCUUUGCAGUUUCUGGCAGUGGAUUCAUUUUUCCUACCUGCACAGCAUCUGGCAUGUACUCAUCAGCAUCACUUUCCCCUACGCCAUGGUCUCCAUGGCCUUGGUGGAUGCCAGCUACGAGAUGCCAGACCAAACCCUCAAAGUCCACUACUGGCCUCGGGACACUUGGCCUGUGGGACUGCCCUACGUGGAAAUCCUGGGUGCUGACAAGAACUGCUGAGGCCUGCCAGCCUCUUGACUAUCCAGCCACUCACCCCGA